CUGCAGAACGACUACUUUUGACCACACUGCGCAUGUGCAGUGUGUUUGUACCGCGUUAAAUGGCUUUAAAAAUAACUUCUAGACUCUUUGGACUGACUCACCGGGUCGUUUCCUGCCAUACCGCCUCCUCCAGCUGCAGCGGACGGUUUAAAGUCCAACAUGACCGACAGAACCGACGCUUCACGGUCACUACGGGCAGCAGCGGCGAAGGGGACAGUGAAUGCGCCGUGCUGUGCUACAGGUUCACCGGGCAGAAGGAGGUGGACCUGAUGUCCACAUUCGUUCCUGAAACGUUUCGAGGCCAAGGCAUUGCUGCUGCCCUGUCCCAGGCAGCCCUGGACUUCCUGCUGGAGGAGAAGCUAAAGGCUCGAGUCUCCUGCUGGUACAUAAAGAAAUACAUUGAUGAGCAGCCGGAGCAGCAGCAGUAUAAAGACUUCAUUAUCUCCUGACUGCAGCCGAUCACUUCAUAAUCUGCACUUCAAGUGAGAUCUGAAUCAACUCUUCAGGACCAGUAAUGUGUUGAAGCAUACUUAGAAAAUCUCUGCAAUUCUUUUCUAAUUUAUUCAAAUAUUUAUACAAUUUAUUCUUGUUUGUAAGAUUAAAAUUAAUUAAAAACACAAAAUCAAAGCACAUUUUCAUUAUUAGAGGCAGAAAUGAUUUGCUAAAAACCAACAGGAAGUGCAGCUGUUGUCACUUUUCAUGUAAAGGAAAAUGGCCGCCCCUUACUAAAACUUUCACAUCAUAUAAAACUAAACUAAAAGUUUCUGUUCUGAUUUUAUAUAACAAACCAGCACAAUGUAGAGCAUAAUUAUAAACUUACUGUUUUCAACAUUUACAACUAAGAACUUGAGUAAUGUGACAUAAAAAUACAUGUAGCUCCUUUACUCUGAUGCCCCUAAAUAAAACCCAGAAGUCAUGAAAUGAGUAAAAAGGGAGAAGGAGCCAAACCCUGUGAAACAUGGCGGUGGAUGCAUCAUGCUGUGGGAUGUUUUUCUAAAAGUAAUGCAGCUCAACAGAAAGUCACUCCACACUUUUCAGAUUGGUUUAAAAAAUUUGUGGCGUUUGGGGGAAAUGUUACACAGGAGCUCGAUGGAUUCAACAUGUUGGAAUGAAGCUAAACUUUUUAUUUACGGUGCUGCUGUGAAAAAACUAAAUCAAACUUCCUCCUGCUACUUCCUGUGUCUUUGUCGUUUUCUCCAGUAGUAACAUCCGGCUGUUGAUCACAUGACUGACACCGAACGUUUUUCAAAAUGCAUAAAUUUUAAUAUGGCUGAAAAUUCACUUCACCAUAAAGCAAAAGGUUAUUUAAUUGAAAAACAUUUUGUUUUAAAUUAGCGUGAAUUUAAAUUUGGUGAAUUUAUUUGAGUAAUUUUAAGUUGCGUAAUGUUGUGGUUAAAGGAAGGUGUGGUCGUUUCUGCAGUGUCACAGUUAUUGACCCAAAUAUUGAAUUUCGGCCCAGAUUCUCCUGAGUGCUUCCGUUUGAGCAUUUCCAGAGGAGCUCCAUGAAAGAAGACAGAAGUCGUCGUUUCCUUUCUCCUGCCUUUAUUCAUUCAUCAGCAUGACGCGUCCUGCAGGCCUGAACGCAUCGCGACGUUCAGGCGUCACACAGGUGGAGCAGGUAACAGGUAACGGCCAGGAUGAGUCCAGUCCACAUCAUUUUGGUUCCA